ACUCCAGCCUGACGACAGAGUGCGAGACUCCGUCUCAAAAAAAAAAAAGAAAGAUUUCCAUAUAUGAAAUGGAGGUGAAGGGAACACAGUUAAGCCCAUAGCAAUGGGGGACGUGACAUUUUGCAUGAUGAGAUUCCCGAGGGUGGAAGAGGCACGACAAAGGAAAGGAAUGGAGGAUGAAGGCAUCCUGGACAGUGGGAGGUAGGCACGUCUUUGAGGCCAGAGGAAUAAGUGGGGAGACCCUGAAGGGUGGUGCUCGUUUGAGGGCGUCUGCUAGUUGGUGACAGAGCUAGAACUUUCCAAGGUUGGCAGCUCCUCUUCCCACUCUCUCACCAAGUGCUCUGGAAAAAGCUAGGGGUUUGCCGCAUGUCCUGAGCAAGCUCAUGGCUUCCUUUUGUGGAGAGAACAGAUGGGGCCCAGUAGCCUCUGCUCACCAUGAGGGAGGACACAGGCAGGUGGCCGCACUCCUGCAUCAGAGCCUCUCUGGAGGUGACAGCAGAUGGUUGCCUCCAAGGAAAAGGACGUUGGCAGGAUGGCUACAACCUUAAGAGAGGGCCAGCCACUGUGUAUAGGAGUUGUCAGUCACGUCAGCACUGACCCCGAGAGCUGUCCCUGACUGCGGACCACCUAAGUAGGCCAUCUGGGCCAUGACUCAGGAUAGAGGAGCAGUUUCCUUGGCUGGAGCUGCGAAGUAGACCAGCCUGCUGGAGCCAAACAUUCUUGUGCAGGGUUGGCCCUCGGGCCAAAUCCAGCCUUCCACUGGUUUUUGUGAAUAAAGUUUUAUUGGGACACAGCCAUGCCCGUUCAUUUAUGUAUUAUCUAUGGCUGCUUUCAUGCUACAAGGGCAGAGUUUAAUAGUUGACAUGGAGAUCAUAUUACCCACAAAGCAGAAAUUAUUUACUCUGUAGACCUUUACAGAAAAAGUUUGCCAGGUACAUGGAAUGGGCAGCUUGAACGACAUAAACAGAUUUUCUCACAGCUCUGGAGAUGGGAAUCAAAGAUCAAGGUGUCUACAGGACCAGUUCCUUCUGAGCUCCGUGAGGGAAGGAUCUGAUUCAAGUCUCCCUCCUUGUCUCAUAGGUGGCCAUCUUCUCCCUGAUCUUUACUUUGUAUAUACGUCUAAAUUUCCUUUUUUUUUUUUUUUUUUUUUUUUUUUGAGACGGAGUUUCACGCUUGUUGCCCAGGCUGGUCCUCUGUUUUGGAGUCUAAAGUCUUAGAUGUCAGGCCUGGCCCUGGAUCUUCCUGGUUAUGCUGAUUUAGAGGAGUGUCCCCUGCGCUGUGAGUCUCAAUUUUCUCCUCUGCCAGCGGGGAUUGUAUUUGCCUGAUGUUGUGAGGCAAGGUAGGCUGGAGAGAGCUUUGCAAACUGCGACUCACUCAAGACAUACUAGUUAUUCUCUGCGUUCAACCUGCCUAUUGCCUCCUCCCCCUCCUUUCCUCCUAGGCAAAACUCUUUUCAUACCUGCUCCAUACUGCCCUUGGUGGUGGUAUUUCCCCCUGCAAAGUUAAUUUUGCUGUUUCUUCUUAACUUGAUUUUUACUUGCAUAAACAUGCCUGAUGCAAGGAGGUGGGAUGCACAGACCAGAUGUAACUUGUUCCAGGGCAGCAGGGGUGUCUCUGUCAUCAUUAUUCAAAUGCUACUGAUUGUUGAGCACACAUCGUGUACCAAGCCCUAUGCUAAAUGCUUUACCUGUGUAACCUCAUCUAAACCUCCCCAUUCAUUCAACAGAUAGAUAUUGAGUGCGUGCUCUGUGCCAGGCACUCUGCUGGGUCUUGGGAGUAGAGCAGAACCAGAUAGCAGAGAUGAAUUCCUGACCUCAUAGAGCGUAGCGGCCACUAAAUCAGAGAGUUAGGGAAUAAGGUAAAUAAGCAAAAUCAUGUAGCGUGGUGGACAUGUGAAGGACUAUGGAGAGAAAAAAGGCAGAAAAAGGGGUAUGUUGGGUACCAAGUGGGGUGCAGGUUGGGGAGUUGGAAUUUUAAAUAGGAUCAUCAGGGAAGGUGACAUUUGAAGAAAGAGUUGAGAUUGCUGGGAAAAGAGUAUUCCAGGCAAAGGGAACAGGAAUUGCAAAGGACAUGAGAUGGGCUCUGCCCACGGAGCUGGGCAAGCAGCAAGGAAGCCUGUGUGUGUAGAGCAGGUGUUGGGAUGGGGGAAAGGGGCUUGGGAGGUCAGCAGAGGGGCCUCCUUGUGUGAGGUGGUGAGGACUUGGGUUGUCACUCUGGGUGAGAUGGGAGUCACGGAAGAGUUCUGGGCAGAGGAGGGACAUGGUUUGAAAGAACUUUUCUUUAACUGAAAAAUAUUCAUUUAUUUAUACUAUGUGAACACAUACCAUAUGCACAUUUUAAAAUGGUAAAAUAUACAUAAUAUAAAAUGUGCCUUCUUAACCAUUUUUAAGUGUACAAUUCAGUCUUGAGUACAUUUACAUUCUUGUGUGCCAACCUCCAGAUCUCUUUUCGAAAGAUAAACUCUAUACCCAUUAAAUAAUACCUCCCCAUUUCUCCUCUCCCCAGCCCCUGGCAACCACCAUUCUCCUUUCUUUCUCUUUAAAUUUGACUACUCUAAGUGCCUCUUAUAAGUGGAAUCAUGCAGCAUUUGUUCUUUUGCGUCUAGAUUAUUUCACUUAGCACAGUGUCCUCAAGGUUCAUUCAUAUUUUGGCAUGUGUCAGAAUUUCCUUCCUUUUUAAGGCUGGAUAGUAUUCCAUUGUGUGUGUAUACCACAUUUUGUCUAUCCAUUCAGCCAUCGAUGGACACUUGGGUUUCUUCCACCUUUUGGCUACUGUGAAUAAUAACUGCUAUGAACACGGGUAUACAAAUAUGACUUUGAGAGUUUGCCUUCAGUUCUUUUGGGUGUAUGCCUAGAAGUGGAAUGACUGGAUGAUAUGCUAAUUGUAUGGUUAAUCUUUUGAAGAAUCACCAUACUGUCUACCAUAGCAGCUGUACCAUUUUACCUUCUGAUCAUUGCACAAGGGUUCCAGUUUCUCCACAUCCCCACCAACACUUACUUUCUGUUUUUUUCAUAGCAGCCAUCCUAAUAGGUGUGAGUGGUAUCUCAUUGUGGUUUUGAUUUGCAUUUCCCAUUGAGCAUCUUUCCAUGUGCUUGUUCAUCAUUUGCAUAUCUUCUUCAGAGAAAUGCCUAUUCAAGCCCUUUGUCCAUUUUUGAAUUCAGUUGUUUGUUGUUGAGUUGCAGUUCUCCAUAUAUUCUGGACAUUAACCCUUUAUCACAUAUAUAAUUUGCAGAUAUUUUCUUCUAUUUCAUGGGUUGCCGUUUUCACUGUUUAUUUUGUCCUUUGAUCCACAAAAAGUUUUAACUUUGCUGUCCAGUUUACCUAUUUUUAAUUUUGUUGCUCAUGCAUUUGGUGUCAUAUCCAAGAAAUCAUUGUCAAAUCCAAUGUCAUGAAGCUUUCCCCCUGUUUUCUUAUGUGAUUUUUAUCAUAUAAAAAUUUUUCAAUUUUUAUAUAUGUAUUGAACUUUAUUCAAUACAAGUUUUAGCUUGUAUUGAAGUCUUUGGUCCAUUUUACUUUAAUUUCUGUAUGUGGUAUAAGGUAAGGGUCCAAUUUUAUUCUUUUGUAUGUAGCUAUCCAGUUUUCCCAACACCAUUUGUAGAAAAGACUAUCCUUUUGUUACCAAAACACCAGGGGUUUGGUCUAGGUCCUACUGCUCACUGCACAGAAAGCCAAUCACUGAGAUGACAAGUAUUGCCAAGGAAGAAGGCUUUAAUCGGGUGCUGCAGCUGAAGAGAAGGGAGCUCAGUCUCAAAUCCAUCUCCCUGACUAACUAAAACUAGAUGUUUAUAUAGCCGGGAAGAAAUGCAACAAUGUGUAAGAAAACAAGAACUAGGGAGUGACAAGGAAGCAAUCAUGGUGAAUGAGGGGGUUCCCUCCCAUCUGUGAUCUGGUGAGUUUCAGUUUUUUGAUACUUUUUUUGAGAGGCCUGAAGGACCUUCUCUGAGAAAGGAACUCAGAUAAAUACAAGUUUCAAGCUUUUUAAGAUCACAAGGGUCAAUUUCUAUGUUUAUUAAAAAGAACAGUUUAUGGGGCAGUUGGGUCAGUUUCACUUUCUUCUUUGAAUGGGCAUGGCACCCUUGACAAAAAUCAUUUGAUUAUAUAUGUGAGGUUUUAGUUCUGGGCUCUCUAUUCCAUUUGUCUAAAUGUGUGUGUUUUUUUAAUGCCAGUACCACACUGUUUUGAUUUCUGUAGUUUUGUUAUAAGUUUUUAAAUCAGAAAGUAUGAGACCUCAAACUUCAUUCUUCUUGUUGAAGGUUUUUCAAGAUUAUUUUUCAAGACUGUUUGGUAGUCAGGGUUCCAUGAGAUGUUCCUUGAUAUUAAUUUUAGGAUAGAUAUUUAUGUUUCUGCAAAAAAAAAAAAAGCACCAUUGGGAUUUUGAUAGAAAUUUCAUUAAAUCUGUUGAUUACUUUGGUAAUAUCAACAUUUUAGCAGUAUGAAGUCUUGUAAACCAUAAACAGAGGAUGCCUUUCCAUUUAUUUGUCUUGUUUUUAUUUUGAGAUAGAGUCUUGUUCAUUUGCCCAAGCUGGAGUGCAGUGGUGUGAUCAUGGCUCACUGCAGCCUCAACCUCCUGGGCUCAAGCUAUCCUCCCACCUCAGCCUCUCAAGUAGCUGGAUCGCAGGCGCAUGCCACCAUGCCUGGCUAGUUUUUGUAUUUUUGUAUUUUUUUGUAGAAGUGGGGUUUCACUGUGUUGCCUAGACUGGUUUCAAACUCCUAGGCCCAAGUGAUACUUUUGCCUCAGCCUCCCAAAGUGCUGGGAUUAUAGGCAUGAGCCACUGCACAGUGCCUGAUCAUAUUCUUUUAAUAUGCUGUUGAAUUCUGUUUUUAGUAUUUUGUUGAGGAUUCUUGCAUGCAUAUUUAUCAUAGAUAUUGGUCUGUAGUUUUUUUGUGACUAGCUUUGGUUUCAAGGUAGCCCUGACGUUAUAAAAUGAGUUUGGAAGUGUUCCUGCCUCUUUAAUAUUUUUGGAAGAAUUUGAGAAGAAUUAGUUUAAUUAUUUUCAUGUUUGGUAGAAUUCAGCAGUGAAGCCAUGUGGUCCUGGGCUUCUCAUUAUUGGAAGGUUUUAGCUUACUGAUAGCAUCUCCCUGCUCUGAUAGGUCUGUUAAAAUUUUCUAUUUCUUCAUGAUUUAGUUUGUAUAUUGUGUAUUUCUAAGAAUUUAUUCAUCUUAUCUAGGUUAUCCAAUUUGUUGGCAUACGUUUAUUUGUUUAUAGUAUUCUCUUAUAAUGGUUUUUUCUAUGGCAUCAGUUGUAAUGUCCUCAUUUUCAUUUCUGAUUUUAAUUUUGAGAAUUCUCUUUUUUUGUUAGUCAAUCUUGCUAACGGUUUGUCAAUUUUGUUGAUCUUUUAGACAAACCAUCCCUCUUUUUUUUUUUUUUUUUUUUUUGAGAUGGAGUCUUGCUCUGUCACCCAGGCUGGAGUGCUGGAGUGCAGUGGCACGAUCUCAGCUCACUGCAAGCUCCGCCUCCCGGGUUCACGCCAUUCUCCUGCCCCAGCCUCCCUAGUAGCUGGGACUACAGGCGCCCGCCACUACGCCCAGCUAAUUUUUUGUAUUUUUUUAGUAGAGACAGGGUUUCACUUUGUUAGCCAGGAUGGUCUCGAUCUCCUGACCUCGUGAUACGCCCACCUCGGCCUUCCAGAGUGCUGGAAUUACAGGUGUGAGCCACCGCGCCCGGCCUGGGCAAACCAUCUCUUGAUUUUGUUAGUUUUCUCUGUUUUUUAAUUAUCUUUCAUUUAUGGCUUUUCUAAUCUUUAUUUUUUAAUUUUUUAAUUUUUAAUUUUUAUGUAUAUAUUUUGAGAGGGAGUCUCACUCUGUCAACCAAGCUGAAGUGCAAUAGUGCGAUCUCAGCUCACUGCAGCCUCCACCUCCCGAGUUCAAGCAAUUCUCCCGCCUCAGUCUCCCAAAUAGCUGGGAUUACAGGCAUCCACCAUCAUGCCCGGCUAAUUUUUGUAUUUUAGUAGAGAUGGGGUUUCACCAUGUUGGCCAGGCUGGUCUUGAACUCCUGACCUCAGGUAAUCCGCCCGCCUCAGCCUCCCGAAGUGCUGGGAUUACAGGUGUGAGCCACUGUGCCCAGCCUAAUCUUUAUUAUUUCCUUAUUUCUGCUAGCUUUGGAUUUAGUUUGUUCUUCUUUUUCUUGUUCCUUCAGGUGUGCAGGUAACUUGUUUCUUUGAGAUCUUACUUAUUUUAAUGUAAGCAUUUCCAGCUGUAAGUUCCUUCUUAGCACUGCUUUUAUAGCAGCCCAUAUUGUGUUUUUGUUUUUAUUGGCCAUGUUGUGUGUUUUGUUUUGUUUUGUUUUUUUGAGACGGAGUCUCGCUCUUUCACCCAGGCCAGACUGCAGUGUCGCUAUCUCGACUCACUGCAAGCUCCGCCUCCCAGGUUCACACCAUUCUCCUGCCUCAGCCUCCGGAGUAGCUGGGACUAUAGGUGCCCGCCACUGUGCCUGGCUAAUUUUUUUUUUUUUUUUUUUUUUGUAUUCUUAGUAGACACGGGGUUUCACCGUGUUAGCCAGGAUAGUCUCGAUCUCCUGACCUCGUGAUCUGCCCGCCUUGGCCUCCCAAAGUGCUGGGAUUACAGGCGUGAGCCACCGCGCCUGGCUGUGUUUUUGUUUUUGUUUAUCUGAAUAUAUUUUCUAAUUUCCCUUGAGAUUUCUUCUUUGACCCAUUUGUUAUUUAAGAGUAUGUUGUUUAUGACUCUUACUUGUGGGUUUUCUAGUUUUCCUUCUGCUGUUGAUUUCUUGUUUCAUUCCAUUGUGAAUGAGAAAGAUGCUUUGUAUGAUUUCAUUUUUUUAAAAAAUUUAUGAUGACUGGUUUUGUAUCCUAAGAUAUUCUCUCUCCUGGAGAAUGUUCCAUGUGCACUUGAGAAAAGUGGGCAUCCUGCCAUCGUUAGGUGGAGUUUUCUGUACAUAUCUGUUAAGUCCAGUUGUUGGUUUAUAGUGUUGCUCAAGGCCUCUGUUUCCUUAUUGAUAUUCUGUCUGGUUGUUCUAUUGACUUACCUUUUAACGAGAUCCUUCUGGCUGCAUUAAAAUGAGCUUCUUAGAAGUGGAUGCAGGGAGACCAGUAAGAGUCUACAGCAUUGAUUCAGGGGAGAGGUGAUGGUGACUUGGACCGGGAGGUGAUGGUGGAGGGGCUGAGAAAUGGUUGGAAUCUGAGGACAUUUUGAAGGUACAACCAACAUAUUUGACUGAAUCUUUAGAAGUUGGUGCUGGUUUUUUUUUUGUUUUGUUUUGUUUUUUCUUUUUUUUUGAGAUGGAGUCUCGCUCUAUCGCCAGGCUGGAGUGCAGUGGUGCGAUCUCGGCUCACUGCAACCUCUGCCUCCCGAGUACUGUUAUCCUAAGGGGGUAAAGGAAUUUACCCAAGUUGUGAUAAGUGGCUCAUCCAGGAUUUGAACCCAGGUCUGUCUGUCCCCAAAUUCUCAGUUCUUAAUUAACCAUGUACAUUCAUGAAAGUGCUCCUGACCCAGCUACCUGGACUCCCCACCCCCAAUACCUCCCUGACAGUCCUCUACCAUCUACGACUAAGCCUGGACUCACUCCCUCUGUGGCUAUAUUCCCAAAUGUCAUCAGGGUCUGGGUGCUUGGCAACUGCCUUCUGGCAGUUUCUCAGCAUCACCGUGUCCUGCCUUAGAGGAGCAAAGGAAAGAAAGAGGCAGAUUCCUGUAGAGGGGAGAGAGGUGUGCAAACGCUCUGAGACCACGUGGGCUUCAUGACAUGUUGCAGAAGGAGCUCAGCCCCUGGAGUCAGACAAACCUGGGUCCAAAUGCCAAAUCCAGUCCUCAUUAGCUGUGUGACCCCAGACAGAUUACUCCACCUCUCUGGGCCUCUGUUUCCUCCCCUGACAAAUAGGGAUAAUAAUGUUACUGCUCUAUUAUCCACAAUUAUGGUUAUAAGAAAAUAUAUAUUUUUUUCAAAUAAAAUACUCUACCAAAGCCUGAGGUCAAUCAUGAUUCUUUGAGCCAUUCAUUUUCCAAAGAGAACUUUAUUGAGCACAUACCAUGUGCUGGAACUCAAGAUAGUUGUUGGUACCAUAGACAUAAAGCAAGGAAACACAGAGUGUUUGCCCUCAUGGGGAUCAGAGCCUGGCAGGGAAAACAAGUACUGACCAAAUGUUACGUGUCUGAUGGGUGUUUCAAGAGCAGCUUCUCUAGGAACCCAAGCAGGGGAAUUUGAUGUCCUGAACCGGCGACAUUCCAGCCAGGGCCAAAAUAACGGUGAUGGGAGGCCAGGUAAGGUUUCAGGCAGAGCUGAUGACCUGCAUGCAACUGACAUUUAUGUGCAGCACACUUUGCAGACAUUUAUUGCGUGCCAGGUUCUGUGCUCAGCACAUGAUGAUCAUUAUCUUGUUCAGCCUUCCCAAGUGCCUUGAAGCUGGUGCUAUUUCUAUAAACUUUUUAGCCAAGGAGAAAACUAAGGUUCACAGAAGUGACAUGAUUUGCCUGAGGAAACACAGCUAAUAGUGGGAGGAGCCAAGAUAACAGCAGCAGGAGCCACGAUGGGAGAAAAAAAGAAGAAAAUGAUAAGUUUGAAUUUCUACUCUGCUUCUUCCUACUCUGGGACCUUGAGUGGGCCAGUUUGCCUCCACGAGACUCAGUUUCCACAUCUGCAAAAUGAAGCCAACUUCUCAUGGGCCUCCUUAGAUAGUUUUCAGGGUUAGAAAUGCUGCAGGCAAUGCCCAGCUUGGAGUUGGUGGAGCGCUGAGAUCAGGAGCUGUUCACAGCGCUGGUGCUGACUUGGUUGUGUGGGGUGGGGGUGGUGAGCCAGCUCUGGGGGGACACUGCCAUGUGUUUCUGCAGAGAAGGUGGACAGGAAUGCACCGAACUCUGUGUUCAUCUCCAGGAGGUAACCAACCAGAAGGCAGGGAGAGCAGGCAGGGAGGGCCUGGGACAGCUCUCAGAUGGAUGCAUGGAUGUGCUGGCCCGGUGGAAUCUGGAUGGGCCGGCCCGGUGGAAUCUGGAUGGGCCGGCCCGGUGGAAUCUGGAUGUGCCACAGGACAGUGGGAAAGGCUGUGGGAACCCACUAGGUGGAGGUAACUCAGAACUUUGCUUUAUUUACCCCGACAUCAGAACCCUCAGGGUGAUAUAGAGCUGAACAGGCCUUUUGGAUUGUGUUUUCCAACCUCCUCAACCUCAAAGUGGGGUAACGGAGGCCCAGAGAGGAGACAGACUUUGCUUAAAUCCCAGAAUGACUCUGGGCAGAAUCGGGCCCAGAAUCUAGUGGAGCAGAAGGGUGUUCAGGCUGCCAGAGGAUCAACACCAACAGCAGAGAGGCACAGCUGCCCUUUUGCACUGUGUCCCCGUGCCUGGCACAUUAGAGGCACUCGGGUGAGAAUUCUUGAGCGAGGGAGUGCGCUGGGAAGAGCACACAGCCUGGGUGUCUGUCUCGAGCUGGAAACUGUCUCUGAUAGCCAGCUCUGCCUCCCUGGGUAAGUGCCUUCAUCUUGCUAAGCAUCCAUUUCCCAAAAUAAGAUCAGAAACCCACUUGGGAGGUCUCCAAGCAGGGAUUUGAACUCAGGUCUACCUGAUUCCAGGGCAGGUUUUGUACCCUGCACUUUCUUGAUUCCUUUAUAUAUCUUAUUCAUUCAUUCAUCCAGUCAUUUAGAAAACGUUGAUUGAGCAUCUGCCCUGUGCCAGGCACUGUUCUAGGCUGUGCAAAUUCAGCAGUGAAUGAGGCAGAUGAAGUUUCUGCCCUUGUGGAACUUAAACUCUAGAAGAGAGAGACAGACGGUCAACAAAUCAACAAAUAGAAUGGGAAUAGUGGUAGACUGGGCACGGUGGCUCACGCAUGUAAUCCCAGCACUUUUGGAGGCCAAGGCAGGCAGAUCACUUGAGGUCAGGAGUUCAAGACAACAUAGUGAAACCCCGUCUCUACUAAAAAUAGAAAAAUUAGCUAGAUGUGGUGGCGGGCGCUUGUAAUCCCAGCUACUCGGAAGGCAGAGGCAGGAGAAUGGCUUGAACCCGGGAGGCGGAGGUUGCGGUGAGCCAAGAUCGUGCCAUUGCACUCCAGCCGGGGCAACGAGUGAAACUCCAUCUAAAAAAAAAAAAGAAUGAGAAUAGUGGUGAGUGCCCUACAGGAACUGAAAUGGGGAUGGGAUUGGGGACGGGUCUGCCUUAGACAGUGUGGUCAGGAAAGGAGAUGACGUUUUGUGAGAUGCCUAAGAGAAGCAGCAGCCCGCUGUGCGAAGAACCUGAACAAAUAAUUGAUAAAAUGAGAUGCAUGGAGCUGUGACAGGCCUCAGAUCUCCAAAAGACAAAGCGAGGAGCGGAAAGGAAAGCAGGUGAAGCAGAUCAUGGAGGAGGCUGUGACACGCAAGUUUGUCCACGAAGACAGCAGCCACAUCAUCUCCUUCUGUGCGGCUGUGGAGGCCUGCGUUCUGCACGGGCUUCGGCGGCGGGCGGCCGGCUUCCUACGCAGCAAUAAGAUUGCAGCCCUCUUUAUGAAAGUGGGCAAGAACUUCCCGCCGGCUGAGGAUCUGAGCCGCAAGGUGCAAGACCUGGAGCAGCUGAUCGAGAGCACGAGAAACCAGAUCCAGGGCCUCCAGGAGAAUGUGCGGAAGCUGCCGAAGCUGCCCAACUUGUCCCCACUUGCCAUCAAGCAUCUGUGGAUUCGCACGGCCUUGUUUGAGAAGGUCCUGGACAAAAUUGUGCAUUACCUUGUGGAAAACAGCAGUAAAUACUAUGAGAAGGAAGCUCUCCUGAUGGACCCUGUGGAUGGCCCCAUCCUUGCGUCUUUGUUGGUGGGGCCCUGUGCCCUAGAGUACACCAAGAUGAAGACUGCAGAUCACUUCUGGACCGAUCCCUCGGCUGACGAACUUGUCCAGAGGCACCGCAUCCACAGCUCCCACGUGCGGCAGGACUCGCCCACCAAACGUCCUGCCCUCUGUAUCCAGAAGAGGCAUUCCAGUGGCAGCAUGGAUGACCGGCCAUCCCUCUCUGCCCGCGACUACGUGGAGUCCCUGCAUCAGAACUCCCGUGCCACCCUUCUCUAUGGCAAAAACAACGUUCUUGUUCAGCCGAGGGACGACAUGGAGGCUGUGCCAGGGUACCUGUCCCUGCACCAGACGGCUGACGUCAUGACCUUGAAGUGGACGCCUAACCAGCUGAUGAACGGGUCUGUGGGGGACCUGGACUAUGAGAAGAGCGUCUACUGGGACUAUGCCAUGACCAUCCGCUUGGAGGAGAUUGUCUACCUGCACUGCCACCAGCAAGUGGACAGCGGCGGGACAGUGGUAUUGGUCAGCCAGGACGGGAUCCAGAGGCCGCCCUUCCGCUUCCCCAAGGGUGGGCACCUCCUGCAGUUCCUCUCAUGCCUGGAGAAUGGGCUGCUCCCACAUGGGCAGUUGGACCCGCCACUGUGGUCCCAGAGGGGUAAGGGCAAAGUGUUUCCUAAACUGCGCAAGCGAAGCCCUCAGGGUUCUGCCGAGUCCACAUCUUCAGACAAAGACGAUGACGAGGCCACGGAUUAUGUGUUCAGGAUCAUCUACCCUGGCAUGCAGUCAGAAUUCGUUGCCCCCGACCUCUUGGGCAGCACUUCCUCCGUCUCUGUGGGCCCCGCCUGGAUGAUGGUUCCUGCAGGCCGGUCCAUGCUGGUGGUGGCCAGAGGGAGUCAGUGGGAGCGAGCCAGAUGGGACACUACUCUCCCCACGCCGAGUCUGAAGGAGCAGCCCCCCAUGCCCCAGGAUCUGAUGGACGUCUCCGUAAGCAACCUCCCAUCCCUGUGGCAACCCAGUCCCCGGAAGUCCUCCUGUUCAUCCUGUUCACAGAGUGGCUUGGCUGAUGGUAGCUCGACCAAUGGCUGCAACCAUGAGAGGGCUCCCCUGAAACUUCUCUGUGACAAUAUGAAGUACCAGAUCCUCUCCAGAGCCUUCUAUGGAUGGCUGGCCUACUGCAGACACCUGUCCACCGUGAGGACCCACCUGUCAGCCCUGGUCAAUCACAUGAUCGUGUCUCCAGACUUGCCCUGCGAUGCUGGACAGGGGCUGACAGCCAGGAUCUGGGAGCAGUACCUUCAGGACAGCACAAGUUAUGAGGAUCAGGAGCUGCUGCGCCUCAUCUACUACGGGGGCAUCCAGCCUGAGAUCCGCAAGGCCGUGUGGCCCUUCCUCCUGGGCCACUACCAGUUCGGGAUGACGGAAACAGAAAGGAAAGAGGUGGACGAGCAGAUUCAUGCCUGCUACGCACAGACCAUGGCUGAGUGGUUGGGCUGCGAGGCGAUCGUGCGGCAGAGGGAGCGGGAGUCCCAUGCGGCCGCCCUGGCCAAAUGCUCAUCCGGGGCCAGCCUGGACAGCCACCUGCACCGGAUGUUGCACAGGGACUCAACCAUCAGCAACGAGUCCUCCCAGAGCUGCAGUUCGGGCCACCAGAACAUCCGCCUGCACAGCGACUCCAGCAGCAGCACACAGGUGUUUGAGUCUGUGGAUGAGGUGGAGCAGGUGGAGGCUGAAGGCAGACUGGAGGAGAAACAGCCCAAGAUCCCCAAUGGGAACAUAGUGAACGGCACUUGUUCCCCAGACUCGGGUCAUCCUUCCUCCCAUAACUUCUCCUCGGGCCUCUCAGAGCACUCAGAGCCCAGUCUGAGCACAGAAGACAGUGUCUUGGACGCCCAGCGGAAUACCCCCCCGGUGCUGCGACCUAGGGAUGGCAGCGUGGAUGACAGGCAGAGCAGCGAGGCCACCACAUCUCAGGAUGAAGCUCCCCGGGAGGAGCUGGCCGUGCAGGACAGCCUGGAGAGCGACCUCCUGGCCAACGAGAGCAUGGAUGAGUUCAUGUCCAUCACGGGCAGCCUGGAUGUGGCCCUGCCUGAAAAGGAUGAUGUUGUGAUAGAGGGCUGGAGGAGCAGCGAGACAGAGAAACGUGACCAGGCGGACAGCGAGGACAACCUCUCGGAGGAGCCUGAGAUGGAAAGUCUCUUCCCUGCCCUGGCUUCUCUGGCUGUGACUACUUCUGCCAACGAGGUGUCCCCUGUGUCUUCCAGCGGUGUCACCUACUCUCCAGAGCUGCUGGACCUGUACACGGUGAACCUGCACCGCAUCGAGAAGGAUGUGCAGAGGUGCGACCGCAACUACUGGUACUUCACGCCCGCCAACUUGGAGAAGCUGCGUAACAUCAUGUGCAGCUACAUCUGGCAGCACAUUGAGAUCGGCUAUGUCCAGGGCAUGUGUGAUCUUCUGGCUCCACUGCUGGUCAUUCUGGAUGAUGAGGCCCUUGCAUUCAGCUGCUUCACGGAGCUCAUGAAGAGGAUGAACCAGAACUUCCCCCACGGAGGCGCCAUGGACACACACUUUGCAAACAUGAGAUCAUUGAUCCAGAUCCUGGACUCAGAGCUGUUUGAGCUGAUGCAUCAGAACGGGGACUAUACUCACUUCUACUUCUGCUACCGCUGGUUCCUGCUGGAUUUCAAGCGAGAACUUGUCUAUGAUGACGUCUUCAUGGUCUGGGAGACCAUCUGGGCAGCCAAACACGUCUCCUCUGCGCACUACGUCCUAUUCAUUGCGCUGGCUCUGGUGGAAGUCUACCGCGACAUCAUUUUGGAGAACAACAUGGAUUUCACAGACAUCAUCAAAUUCUUUAAUGAAAUGGCUGAGCGACACAACACCAAGCAAGUCCUGAAGCUGGCGCGGGACCUCGUGUACAAGGUGCAGACUCUGAUUGAGAACAAGUGAGGGGCACCUCACCCCGGCAGCCUCAGCCAAGCUGCCCCCGCUGUUCCUCUGCUUACUUUUCCUCCUGGCUGGACAGCCACCCCUGGAGCGGGGUCCUGGUGUCUGUUCACAAGCAUGGAGUUCAGUGCGCAAAGAAACUACCCUGACUUUUACUUUUGGGCAGGUGGGGUGGAGGGAGUACCCCUUCAAUUCAGCCUUACAUUUUCCUGUUUGACCAAAGAUUGCCCAAGUCUGGCGUUCCUCCCUUGCAGGAGGUGGGGGUUGUUGGUGAAGGAAGAGCCAUCUUUGUUUGCUGGUGCCCAGAAUGGUCUCCUCUUCUUCUUUCCCUAUCCUUCUAAACUGUCUUGUAAGAUGAGACCUGGGGAGGGAAUUUCUUUUUGGAAAUUGGUGUAGAAGAGGUGUGUGGGGCUACCUCUAUGCUCCUCUGCAAGGGGUCUUUGGCGAUGUUCUGGACAUGGCUAAAGAUUGACUUAGAGAUUGACCCUCCACCUCGACAUUACUGACAUUUGGGGCCAGGUGAUUCUUUUGAGGGGACUGUCCCCUGCAUUGUAGGAUGCUGAGCAGCAUCGUGGGCCUCACCAGAUGCCAGUAGUGCCAUCCCCCACCCAUACCCCUGGUUGUGACAGCCCCCAAAAAUGUCUCUAGACAUUGCGAAAUGUUCCCUGCAGGGCAAAAUUGCCCCCAUUUGAGAACCACUGGCUUGGAGGAGGGACUACAAAUGUACUCCCUCCCUCAUUCUUUUGAUGCUAAGCCACCCUGGUCCUGAGGCUUCCCCUCACUUAGAAAAGGCACAUAGGAGGCCGGGCAUGGUGGCUCACGCCUGUAAUCCCAGCACUUUGGGAGGCCAAGGCGGGCGGAUCACAAGUUCAGGAGUUUUGAGACCAGCCUGGCCAACAUAGUGAAACCCUGUCUCUACUAAAAAUACAAAAAAUUAGCUGGGUGUGGUGGCGGGCACCUGUAAUCCCAGCUACUUGGGAGGCUGAGGCAGGAGAAUCACUUGAACCUGGGAGGUGGAGGUUGCAGUGAGCUGAGAUCGCGCCACUGCACUCCAGCCUGGGCGACAGAGCGAGACUCCGUCUCAAAAAAAAAAAAAGACAAGACACACAAGAGUCCCUCGCACAUCUCUCUUGGAGUCUGGGAUUCCAUCUGUUGUAUUUUCUCCUUUUUUCUCCUGUCUGAUGCCAGAAGAUACUUUUCUUCUUUUCAAGAAAAGCAUCUCCCCACAUAGGCGGUGGACCCAAAAAGUGUCUGUAGGCAUGAGACGAUCAGAGCUCUUUGGGGUCCUGCUCAGAGCCCCCCAGGCAGGGCAGAGUCUGUAUCCUGCUGCCAUCUUGCAAGGGAAAACCUCCUCUCCUUCUAAGUAUUGGGUCUUGGAAAGGUGUGUGUUUGGUGAAAGCCACUUAAUGGUGGUGGGGUGCGGCUUUUCUCUAAGCGCAAUUACUCACUCAGGCCAAAGGAGGAAAAGGAAGGCAGAGGUCAGCUAGGGUAGAGGGUGAUGUGUGUUUUCCUUGGGAAACAUCUGCUGACGAACUGGGUCCAGGGCCAUGCUAGGUCUGGGAACAGUCCUCUCCAGGUCUUCACACAGAGUAUCACCAAUCCACAAACAGACCCGAAGUGAGCUAGUUUACUCUGCCUACCUGUCCUUUCGAUAGAGCAGUCUUGCCCGCUCUUCUGUUCUGAGAAUGCACCCGGAAUGGGGGAAACCCAGCAAGCAGCAGAGAGAAAGUCUCUUCCCGGGAGACCUGCUGCCUCUAGGGUGGUCAAAGAAUGGCAGCUGGGAUUUUGGAGAGGGGAGAGGAUAGGUAAAGCAAUGUAUUGAAGCAUUUGCAGAGGGGUGUAUUAGUCCUCCCACCCUGAGCACACCGGGAUGGGGAUGCAUCCUUGCCUUGUGUGCUUGUAAAGGCUUUUUUCCCUCGGUAUAGCAACUUCAACUGCACCUGAACCUCCAACCUCUGCCCAACGUCUGGUGCAGGGUGGAUAGAGGUCUAGUCAGCCCUUACUUCCUGAAGAGAGCUCUGUGGGAGACUCGAGGCUACAGUAGCCUUCCCGGCUCCCACCUCCUACCCUACCCCCACCAAAGCAGAAACGGGAGACGGCAACGUUCUGGCUGCCAUUAGACUUGCGUCUCCCUCCCCUAUGUCCCCCAGCUUCCCAAGACAGGAAGAAAUGUGCAGAAGGCCCCUCCGGAGAAAACUGUAUUUUGCCGUUCAGCUGUUCUUUACAGAGGAUGUUAUUUUAGUGAGACCCGGGUCCCAGACCUUCUGAUUCCUAUUUAUUUUUUUAACAGACUAGUCUCAAAGUACAGCACAAAAUCUCUUCUCUGCCUUCUCUUGUGAUGUUCCAGAGAGCAUCUGUGGUUGUGAUUUGGAAUAAGUCGUAUUUAUUUGGUUUACUGUGCCUGUUCAGAUCUCUGUAUGUUGUGUGUGUUUCUGUGUCCUGGAAUUGGAUGCGUGGGAGUUGUUCUGUCCGCGGAGUGCACUCUUUUUUUCAGUGUGGCCCACAUAUCUUGUAAAUGUUUGCUGAAGAGUUGUGUCUAUAUAGAGAGAAAAUAUAUAUAAAUAGAGAAAUAUG